AUGGCCGAACCAGCACCAGUACAGGAGAACAACAGGACGGAGGUCACAGAGUUCCUUCUCUUAGGAUUUCAGGUCAGUCGAGGUUUAAGACUUUUCCUGUUCUGUCUGUUCCUUUUGGUUUAUUGUCUGACAAUAUGUGGGAAUCUCCUGAUCAUCACCCUGGUGUCCACCAGCAAGAACCUCCACACCCCAAUGUACUUCUUCAUCUCACAUCUGUCCAUCAGUGACAUCUUGUUAUCCACAGAUAUUGUCCCCAACAUGCUCCACAUCCUACUGAAUAAUGGGGGGACCAUGACUUUUAUUGGUUGUAUGACUCAAUUUUAUUUCUUCUGCACCUCAGAAGUAUUUGAAUGUCUUCUCCUCGCUGUGAUGUCUUAUGACAGAUAUGUGGCCAUCUGUAAUCCUCUCCGUUACUCCUCUAUCAUGACAAGUGGACAUUGUGUUAUACUGACCGUCAUCUGUUGGGUGUUUGCAUUUUCUGUUACUUCUGUUUACACCAUAACAACAGGAAAGCUAAUCUUCUGUGGACCAAAUAUCGUUGACCAUGUAUUCUGUGACCUUGUUCCCUUACUAGAACUUUCCUGUUCUGACCCCAUCAUCGUCCAUUUGGAGGUUUCUUUCAUAGGCAGUCAAUUUUUAAUAAUUCCAGCCACCAUCAUUGUAAUGUCUUAUACUUAUAUUGUUUUAGCAAUUCUAAGGAUCCCAUCCAAGACUGGUAGACAGAAAGCCUUCUCCACCUGUAGCUCCCACCUCAUUGUGGUCUCCAUAUUCUAUGGGACAUUGUUCAGUGUAUACAUUGUCCCAACAGAAGAUCAAACACUGACCAUGAGUAAAAUCCUCUCCCUGCUAUAUACAGUGUAUACUCCUUUGUCUAAUCCCAUUAUAUACAGUCUGAGGAAUGUGGACAUGAAAAAAGCUGCACAUGAAACACUUCGUAAGCGCAGGAUCUGGAAUUGUUCUGCGGACUCUGACUUUGAAAAAGAAGCUGCACAAAUAAACCGAUGGCUACAAGCCCGUGGAUAUCGACAGAGGCAAAAGAAUAGCGUCCCAAAAGGAACGCCAUGCGCUGAUAGCUACAAAGGCAAAAUCAUCUGA